CAAAUUAUCAACUUCCUUGCUCGUGAUAUUUGAUAAAGCCCACCUUCUUUUUCACGUCACUCUCUUUUCUUCUUUAUUUAAUUUUGUUUUUCCAAUCUCUAUCUUUUCUUAUUCCUCACCCACGCUAUAAAUAUCACCCAUUGCAAGUCCUUCUUCUUCCUAUUUUUAUGCACUGUCAUAUUGGAUACAUAUCAAGAUUUGAGAGAGAUGGGAGAUAAUAGCAAUGUUAAUCUGCCUCCAGGAUUCAGAUUUUAUCCCACUGAUGAAGAGCUUGUCGUUCAUUUCCUCCAACGUAAGGCCGCCCUCUUGCCUUGCCACCCUGAUGUCAUCCCUGAUCUUGACCUGUAUCCCUAUGAUCCCUGGGAACUUGAUGGUAAAGCUUUGGGUGAGGGCAACCAGUGGUACUUCUUCAGCAGAAGGACGCAAAACAGGAAUACAAGCAAUGGGUACUGGAAACCAAUGGGAGUAGAUGAACCUGUCGUUAAUAGCACUAGCAAGAAAGUUGGCAUGAAAAAAUAUUUCGUUUUCUGCAUUGGAGAAGCUCCGACUGGUAUCAAAACCAAUUGGGUAAUGCAAGAAUAUCAUCUUUCCGAUUGUGAUUCUAGCAGCAGUAGGUCAUCCAAACGUAGAGGGCGUUCCAAAAUAGAUUAUAGCAAAUGGGUUGUCUGUCGAGUUUAUGAAAGAAAUUGUGAUGACGAUGACAAUGGAACAGAACUGUCGUGCUUGGAUGAAGUCUUUCUGUCCUUGGAUGACCUAGAUGAAAUAAGCUUGCCAAACAACCAGCUGGGAGGAAGUAUUUGAGAUCUUUGGGUUCCAUUAAUAUAAAAUGACAUUUUAUGUUUUCUAA